GAAUAUGAAGAGCUUAGAGCAGAAAAUAAGAAAACGAAAGAAGAGUGUGACAAAAUCAAGCAAGAACGAGAUGAGGCUGUCAAAAAACUGGAGGAGUUUCAGAAAAUUUCUCACAUGGUUAUUGAGGAAGUAAACUGUAUUCAGAACCAUCUUGAAAUUGAGAAGACAUGCCGUGAAAGUGCUGAGGCUUUGGCUUCUAAGCUGAACAAAGAAAACAAGACUUUGAAAAGAAUUAGUAUGCUUUGUAUGGCAAAACUGGGCCCAGAUAUUAUUACUGAAGAGAUUAACAUUGAUGAGGAUGAAUCGUCCACAGAUUCAGAAGCUAACUCUGGAUCAUGCAGUUCUGUGCAUUGUCAGCAGCAAAUAAAAGAGCUGCGAGAUCAAAUCGUGUCUGUUCAUGAGGAAAAGAAGACCUUAGCCAUUGAACUGGAAAACCUGAGGUGCAAACUUGUAGAAGUAAUUGAAGAAGUGAAUAAGUUGAAAGAAGAAAAGGCUGUUUUGACAGAUGAAGUUAAUAAACAACAAAAACUCUGGGAAAAAUGUAAUAGAGUGUCUGUGCUGGCAGUAGAGGAAUAUGAAGAGCUUCAUGUAAACCUUGAACUGGAAAAGAACCUGCGGAAGAAAGCAGAGUCAUUUGCACAAGAGAUGUUUAUUGAACAAAACAAGAUGAAAAGGCAAAGUCAAUUGCUUCUGCAAAACUCUGCUCCUGAUCAACAGCUUUUGAAGGCUUUGGAUGACAAUGCUAAGCUAACCCAAACAUUAGAAGAAGAGAGGCUUCAACACCAGCAAAAGAUCAAAGAGUUGGAAGAGCAGCUAGAGAAUCAAGCACUGCAUAAGGAGAUUAGUCGUCUUAAACAGCAGCUAGAACUUUUGGAAGAAGAUAAAAAGGAACUAGAGCUUAAGUGUCAGCACUCAGAAGAAAAAGCUAGAGACCUAAAGCAUUCAGUUGAUGAACUUCAAAAACGAAUACAGCAGUCUGAAAAUCCUGUACCACCUCCUCCACCACCACCUCCUCCUCCUCUUCCUCCUCCCCCUCCUCCCAACCCUAUAAGGUCUCUCAUGUCAAUGAUUCGCAAGAGAUCUCACUCCAACAGCAACGUGAGCAAGAAGGAGAAACCUCCUCAGCAGGAGUCAGGUGAAGAAGUUACAGAUCUGAAGAGGCAAGCUGUUGAGGAAAUGAUGGACAGAAUUAAAAAGGGAGUUCACUUGAGACCAGUCAACCAGUCAUGCAGGCCUAAAACAAAGCCAGAAACACCAAAGCCCUCUGAAAGUGCAAUGAAAGAAUUAAAAGGGAUUCUGGAAACACUGAAUAAAUCCACUAGUUCCCGAAGCUUGAAGUCCCUUGAAACAGACAGUGGUGAAACAGAGCUGGAGCGAGUUCUGCGGCGCCGGAAAGUGACCACGGACCAGGACAGUGGCAGUCCGACUGGAAUCUUGGCCACAUCAGAAUCAAAAUCUCUGCCUGUGCUAGGUUCUGGAGCUAGUGCUGCACAGACAGCUCUGAACAAGAAAGAUGUGGAGACAGAGUUCACUUCCAAAGUCCCCGACUCAGGUCCUGUCUCUAACCAGCCUAAGGGUGCAACAGGCUCCAAGCCUACUUUACAAUCAACUAGUCAUACAGAAAUUACACGAAAAGCUUCCAGCAGUGAAAAACAGACCAAUGAAUCCGUUGUAGUUCUAGAUCCUGUGUCCACCAGUGGGGAUCAGAUGUCUGGAAACACCCUGAAUCAGAACAAAGCAAAGGAAGAAAAGAGCAAGCCACUGCAUAAAGAAACUAAUGUUGAGAAGAUAAAAGAAACAGAUAGUUCGAGCUGUUAAUUGUUAUUCUGAAAGGCUGUAACUUUUGAGAAUCAUUAUCUGGACAUGUGAAUUGCUUAGGUGUGUUACUAGGGGCUACAGUCUGUACUCCAGACAGUUUUCAAUAAUACAGGUUGAAAUGGUCUUUUGUAUGCAGUUUUGUUACAUGCACUGAAGUGUUUAAAUAACUUGUGUGUCACUCCAUCCCUUUCCCAUUUUAAUUUUGCAGGUAUGGUUAUUCAUUUCUUAGGUAGUAUCAGUUACCUUUGCUUUAAAACUGUAUUUGAAAAGGAUUUUAAAAUUCUUCUUUUAUUGAGAAGAUGCCUUGUUAAAGGUCCAUUCCAAAGCUUGCCAGAAGCCCCUUGCAUCCCUCUGGAAUUGGACAGGUUUGGGUUAGACCCUGUGAAGGUGAUUAAACACUUAGCAGCUUCAGUAUGGGGGGUGGUACUAAUUAUUGAAAAAAACAUGUUUAGACACAUUGCUUUAAACAUAUUUUGCUACCUACUUAACCCAGUAUCUUGUUGGUCCCUUACUGCUGUCCCCACACAGCUCUUGUGAGGAAACAAAAAGCACAAGCACAGCACUUCUGUUUUAGGUUGCUCAGGGGACAG